ACUUCAAAAAAAUUAUGUCAAAAUCAUUCGACUGAAGUUACUAGAUCAAAAGAACUGCACAUUACAUUUUAAAACUUUUGUGUUUAAGUUUUUCUUUAGAAAAUAUUAAAAAAUGGUAUCCUUAAAUCCGGUACGUGUGCUUAAAAAUGAGGCUGAAGAAGAAAAAGCCGAAAUUGCUCGCAUGUCAAGCUUCAUUGGAGCUAUUGCUAUUGGUGAUCUUGUGAAAAGUACCUUAGGACCAAAAGGUAUGGAUAAAAUUUUGGUAUCGUACGGACGAAAUGCUGGCAAUGUUGAAGUUACAAAUGAUGGUGCUACUAUUUUAAAAAGUGUUGGAGUGGAAAAUCCAGCCGCAAAAAUUUUAGUUGAUAUGUCGAAAGUUCAAGAUGAUGAAGUUGGUGAUGGUACUACAUCAGUCACAGUUUUAGCUGCAGAAUUAUUACGUGAAGCAGAAAAAUUAAUCGAACAAAAAAUUCAUCCACAAACCAUAAUCGCUGGAUGGCGUAAAGCAGUUGAAGUAGCUCGGCACGCUUUACAAGGUGCAUCACAAGAUAACAGUGCAGACGAUGAAAAAUUCCGUGAAGAUUUAAUGAACAUUGCCCGAACAACACUCAGUUCAAAAAUUUUAUCCCAACACAAAGAAUAUUUCUCAAAAUUAGCUGUAGACGCUGUAUUGCGUUUAAAGGGAUCUGGUAAUCUUUCAGCGAUUCAAAUAAUCAAAAAAACCGGUGGUGUUCUAGAAGAAUCAUUCUUAGAUUCUGGAUUUUUAUUAGACAAAAAACCGGGUAUGCAUCAACCGAAACGUGUUGAGAACGCUAAAAUUUUAAUUGCCAACACGCCUAUGGACACAGAUAAAAUUAAAGUAUUUGGAUCUCAUAUUAAAGUCGAUUCAAUGGCGAAAAUCGCUGAGUUAGAAGUUGCUGAAAAAGAAAAAAUGAAAGAUAAAGUGAAUAAAAUUUUAAAACAUAAUGCAAAUGUUUUCAUUAAUCGUCAAUUAAUUUAUAAUUACCCGGAACAAUUGUUUGCUGAUGCUGGUGUUAUGGCAAUUGAACAUGCCGAUUUUGAUGGAAUUGAACGUCUUGCUUUGGUCACUGGUGGUGAAAUUGUAUCAACAUUCGAUAAUCCUGAAUUAGUUAAACUUGGACAGUGUGAUGUUAUCGAACAGAUUAUGAUCGGGGAAGAUAUAUUGUUACGUUUUGGUGGUGUUCCAUUGGGUGAAGCGUGUACGAUUGUUAUUCGUGGUGCAACUCAACAGAUUAUCGAUGAAGCAGAUCGAUCAUUACAUGAUGCUUUAUGUGUUCUUGCAGCUACUGUUAAAGAAAGUCGAAUUGUUUAUGGAGGAGGUUGCAGUGAAAUGUUAAUGGCUUGUGCUGUAAAUGAAGCUGCACAAAAAACACCAGGAAAAGAAGCUGUUGCUAUGGAAGCUUAUGCUCGAGCUCUUCAACAACUUCCAACAACAAUUGCAGAUAAUGCUGGUUAUGAUUCUGCACAAUUGGUUAGUGAAUUACGUGCAGCACAUGUUCAAGGCAAAACAACUGCUGGUUUAAAUAUGAAUACCGGUAAAGUAGGAUGUAUGAAAGAAUUAGGUAUCACAGAAUCAUUUGUUGUGAAACGACAAGUAUUACUUUCAGCAACAGAGGCCGCUGAAAUGAUCUUACGUGUUGAUAAUAUUAUUAAGGCAGCACCAAGGAAGCGAACUGAAGAUCGAGGCAUGUGUUAAGAUGUGUGUGGCGGGGCGGGUUAAUAAAAAUAAUAAAAGCUUUAUUUUUUCAUAAUAAUUAAAACUUUUUACUUCACCACUAAUUUUUUUCGAAAUUAUUACAUGUUUUUGUAUUAUUUUAUAAGACGCUUCUUUUUUGAGAUUCAUAAUUUAUUUGUGCAUCAUAUACUUUUCACACCAAUAAAAAUAAAAUUUAAAAUAUUUAACACCAAA